UUUAUAUUGGUUGUUGUUUUUGUAGCUGAACCAUCCGUUAGCUCUAAGUUGAAGCUCCUCUCGUUCUCAUGCUGUUGUCAUCCUAAUUACUGGAAUUAGCUUUAAUUCAACAUUAGCAAUUUAGUAUUUUACCUAUGCUGGAUUUCAUAAGGAUUCCGCUGCCCUAAACUGUGCAUACCAACAAUCAUGAAUGGCAGAAAUGUAUUAGUGCAAACAUUUUUAUCUCCUAUAUUUGCAUCUAUCAAACGGAUCUUUCUUCGCCCAUCGGCUAUAUUGAACGGUCUGUGCACCUUGCAGGGAGUCAACGUCUACUGGAACUAUCCACGCGACAGUUGCGACACAAAGAGCGUAACGAGCAUAAAGGCGUUGCAUUUGUUCCUGCGGCGUCUUAAGAGCAGAAAUAUGGGUGUCAUGCUGACGGUGCCUCCUGUCAGGGCUCUUGUGCGCCACUACAGGCUGACAGACUCACUGCUCGACAACCUGUCGUACGUGUUGGUGACGACGCAUAAGCUGCAACCCUGCGAUGGCAGAGUUUCCUGCAGCGGGCUCCGCCAGUUUGCGUCGAGCGCAUUCCUUCGGGUGCGGACGGACUACGACGACAGGCACAGACAGAAAUUCGCCUACAGUAUAUCCGCUCGAGUGGACACCUAUUUGGCUAAGGUCGCCUCGGGUUCCACAAGCUACGCGACACCACCGGAAUUCGGCGCCCCUUUAUGGAACAAGUCCCUGGAGUACCUGGGCCACACCGAUGUGUGCCGUGCGAAGAAAGUGCACAAGAGCAAGGACGACGAGUGCACAUUGGCAGUCUUGAACGACGUAGAAGAUUCUCACGGUGUCACAUGGCACAGAUUGGCGACGUACACCUCGCCCCGCCAAAUGCAGCUGCGCAUGCAGCGGGCUUUCGACGACGCUAUGGGAGACACUGCCGUGGCCUUGUUCGAUUCGCAGCUAGACGACAUCAGCGGGGAAUGUGAGGCCAAAGAGGGUCUGCACAGCACUUCGUCCUUGGUGGUUGCCAUGGCGACGACAGGCCCGCGAGCUUGACGGAAUCCCAUAGGGGGAUCCUAAAAUAGCCUCGCCGAGUUGUUUUCCAAUCCAGUGAACUUCCUGUGAACAGACUUGCUCUCUUCUGUGUUUCUCAAGUGUGUUUCAAGGAAACCUGAACGUGGUCAGAACAUGGAGCUAGUGUCCACCGAUACUUGUUAUCUAUAUGUGAUUUCUGUUACUUGAUAGGUUAUUGUAUGUAAGUGAAAAGUGUAUCCUUUGAAAUUGUGAAGCGUGCUACAUAUAGAAAUUGUGAUGAAAAUGUUUCAUUACGAAUAAAAAAUCAUUAGA